UCUUUGAUUUUAAUUUACGUGGCCGAUCGUUCAUUGCUAAUUUUUGUUUGUCUCCGAAAUUAAAAAGAAUUUUCAUGUUAUUUCCUCACCGGGAAACAUAACUUGACAUUUAAUUAAUAGCUGAUUAUAUGAGGAUCAAGACGCCAUUAUGGGUUUGUGCAAAUGUCCAAAAAGGAGAGUUACGAAUCAGUUUUGUUUCGAGCAUAGAGUUAAUGUUUGUGAAUAUUGUAUGGUGACAAACCACCCAAAGUGCAUCAUUCAAUCGUAUCUUCAGUGGCUACAAGACAGUGAUUACAACCCCAUAUGCGAGAUAUGCACAAAACCUUUGAGCGAGGGAGAAUGUAUUCGCCUCACUUGUUAUCAUGUGUUUCACUGGUCAUGUGCCGAAGCUAGUUACCGUGCGCUACCACGUACAACAGCGCCGGCAGGAUACCAAUGCCCUUCCUGUGCAACACCAGUAUUUCCACCCCCCAAUUUAGUGUCUCCUGUAGCUGAUGAACUACGUGCCAAAUUGGCUGGAGUCAAUUGGGCGAGAGCAGGACUUGGACUACCCUUGCUAUCAGAAGACCAAGAUCUGAAAGGGGCAGUAUCGAGACGCAGUCAAUCACCAAUCGAUCACUACUACAACAGCACUGUGGACAGUCAACGAGGCACACCAGUAGGCGCCAGCGAUGACGAGUCCACCAACCGUUCAGCGAAUGGCACGCCACAUUCCAUUGUUCAAAUCCCUGAUGAUUCCGUUAACAUGUAUGAUAACACUUCCACGAAAAGGAGCGACAGUUUACAAGGAGGUCAAUCUUCGAGGAAAGGUUUCAAGCCUAUUGAACAAGGAAAGCCUACAAAAAAUUUUGAUCAUGAUGAAAACAAAUACAAGCAGAAAUCUACAUUUGCAUGGCUCAGCAGAUGGUGGAAGAAUUCACUCCCAUCUUCACGAGUGCGAAGAGUCGGAGGCGUAUGCAAGCGCUACUGGAUUCCUAUAAUCAUUAUUAUGACUGUCAUUGUCGUCUUACUGCUGCUCAGCCGACGCGAUGUUGAUAGCGAAAACCCAUUUGGAUUAAUGAGAGAUGAAGAACGAAGGAUACUCCAGAAGAACUAGUUAUUUAAUACUGAAUAAUCCUUUAUUUAUAAAAUCAAGCAAUCCUUU